AUGUGGGGGGGGGGUUCUGCGCGCAUGCGCCAGCCGCUGCUAGUCCCGGGGGACUAGGGGAAUCCUCCACCGCCACUGCGCCCACGCGGUCCGGGGUAAUCCGCUUGAACCAGAGAGGAGCUCCUGGAGAGGGCGGCGGGGGAGGGCUGCCGGCGGGGUCUUCCCCAGGUUUCCUCCCUCGCGGUCGCCAUGGCAACCGUGCGGGGGCUGCAGAGAGGGCUACAGGGAAGCCGGGUAGGUGUGCGCAUGCGCCGCCAAGGCCGGGGGUUUCCCUUUUGCCGGGCCUGGACAACUAAGACAAAGGGAUCCACGCGCUGCUGGAGAGGAGAGCGGGGUGGGCCUCGCACGGUUAGCCACACCUGUUAUCCCAACACUUAGUGGAGGCAUGAGAAUUAGGAGUUCAAGGCCAUUAUGGGCUCCGUGAGCUCUUGUGAAAAAAAUCACAUGGCACAAAGCCUGCAGCCAGAAUUUGGCUCCUCUCCCCCUGUCUCUCCACUCAUUUCCCCCUCCCCCCUGCGACUCCCCAUCCACAACCGUCUCCCCAGCCUAGCCCCCUCCACUUCCCCAGGUCUCCACCCUCUCCCCAUCCCGGUGUCAUGAACUCCAGCCCAGUGUAUGGUACAAAGACCUGGCUCCCUCACGUAGCUCCGAGCGGUCCAACCGGGUGACUGGCCCCACCGGCAGCGCCUUUGGUGUACUCUGGGGCGCAGCCCGUGCCUCUCCGUCCGCAUCACUCAGGUGCGUGGCAGUGUCCAGAGGGACAGUCUCCUGUCGCGGACCGCAGCGCCACUCUUUAGGGUGCAGACGCCUUCCUCGCGCCUUUGUCCUUAGUACAAAGCUUUCUUCCAUCCUUUGUGGAGAGAGCGUGUGACACACAGGCUAUGGGAAUAAUGAGCCGCAAAGAGGGUCAGGUCCCAGCGGACACCCUGAACACACACGCUAUUUGAUCCCCAGUGGCGGGGCAGCCCCACUGCGUUACUGAAGUUUCGGGGACGCCCUACAGAAGGCAUGAAGGCCUUCUGUGCUGGGUCCAAAGGUCCUUCCCAGCUGUCUGUGCACAGACCCCCUUCUCCGGCACCUUUAUUUGAGGUUGACUCGCCCCAAUUGCCGCUUCCUCCCGGCUCCCUAAGUGUCUUUAGGUGCCUCUUUCUCCUUGAGGAGGGUGAUGAAUGUAUCAGGAAAGGAGGGCGUUAGGGACCUGAAACCGGGGCGAGAUGGCCAGUAAGGACGCCGGUCGGGAAAGAUCACCUUCAGUCUAUGAAUGAGAUGUGGGAGUAGUUGGCACAGGACAGAGCUGGCCAAAGGGUCCAGAUGCUAGGGGUCACCUAGGGGUUCUGGGAAAGACUAUGGGUCUGGGAAAAGCCAGGUUGGUCUCCUCGCUUGCAAGGAGAGACAGACAGGGGAGAUGUGCUGGACCGGAAUGUGACCUGUCACCAAGCUAUCAAGGUGUUUCAUGAGGCAGGGAUUGUUGGGAGUCCAAGAAUCGCGGCUUGAGGACUCCACUCAGGGCGAUACAAGGUUCAGGGUUCCCCACAGCGAUGGGAGUCCUUUGUCGUCCCUUCCCCCACAUCUACGUCCCUCCCUCGAGCUCUGUUCUUCAGACCCCGAAGUCCCCCUUUCUGCCAUGUCUCUCCCCGCCCGCAGCUCCGCGAUGGGAGGGGCCCUCGCAGCCCGCGGCUGUCGCCAGCGCAUCCCAGCCCCGCCCGUCCGAGGAAUCCCCGGCCACCGCGGGAGCGCCGCGUAGCUCUUGACAAGCUGCGGGGCUGGGGGACUGGCGCGAGGGGAACGGCUAUUUUUAGAAUGUAUGGAAGAAAAAAUACAAAAACAAAAAUAACAACAACGAAAAAUGAUGGAGACUCUUAAAGGCCUCCAGACUCGCAGGAGGAAAUCCCCCCGUCUCAGACCGUGGCUGAAGGACCUUCCAGUCUGGGCCGCGUCAUCAGCUGCUCGAGUCUCCCGGCGUCUCUCCCUCUCGACCCUCCCCUGCCCCAGGCUCAGCUUCCCGCAGGAGUGCAGUUCUCUGUGGGAGGCGACAGCUGCUGCGCCUGACUGGGUUGAAGGGCAAGGGUUCCCGGUCCUGGUCGCAGCCUCAGUUUACCCGUCUGUAAACUGUGUGUGUAAAGCCAGCGGAUACCAAGGUUCACCCCAGCCCUUGGCGUGUCCUCGGUCACUGUCAGCCUCGGCGGGGUGCACGCUGGGAGCCGCCGCGGAAGGGACACCUGACCGUCCCCAGCGGGCCGCGAGGGUGGGGGUCCGCGCUGCAGCGGCGCGCGCACCUCUGUUCCCACGCCCUUGCCCGGCUGCUUGUUCACUUGGUUUUGCUCUCGGACCAGGACGCAGGGACUCCAGCAGCUGAAGCUGAAGACUGCUGGUGUGGAGAAGAAAAGAGCCACGGGCAGAGCCAUCCCACCUCUGAGGGCAACUUCAAGGCACCAAGUAACACGGACCUCAGGUUGGUGGUUUCCAGAGCCCUUUACAGCCCAGGGUCUGUUCGGAAGCCCUUCUGCUGAACCAUGCUGGGCCCCAACGGGCCUGCUGCAAGUCCAGCCCACGGAGGCAGGUGGCCAUGAGUAGCCGCAGCCACAAUGGCAGUGUGGGGCGGCCUCUGGGCAGUGGGCCUGGAUUCCUGGGCUGGGAACCUGUGGACCCCGAGGCAGGCCGCCCCCGACAGCCCACCCAAGGCCCCGGCCUGCAGAUGAUGGCCAAGGGUCAGCCUGCUGGGCUGUCACCCAGUGGCCCCAGGGGCCACUCCCAGGCGCAGGAGGAGGAAGAGGAAGAGGAGGAUGAGGACAGGCCAGGCUCAGGGAAGCCCCCGACCGUCAGUCACCGCCUGGGCCACCGUAGGGCCCUCUUCGAGAAGCGUAAACGACUCAGUGACUAUGCACUCAUCUUUGGCAUGUUCGGGAUUGUCGUCAUGGUGACAGAAACAGAGCUGUCCUGGGGUGUGUACACCAAGGAGUCUCUGUGCUCAUUCGCCCUGAAAUGCCUAAUCAGCCUCUCCACUGUCAUCCUGCUUGGCCUUGUCAUCCUCUACCACGCCCGAGAGAUCCAGCUGUUCCUGGUGGACAAUGGUGCCGAUGACUGGCGCAUUGCCAUGACGUGGGAGCGAGUGUCCCUGAUCUCGCUGGAGUUGGCUGUGUGUGCCAUCCACCCAGUGCCUGGCCACUACCGCUUCACAUGGACGGCGCGGCUGGCCUUCUCCCUGGUGCCGUCAGCAGCCGAGGCGGAUGUGGAUGUGCUUCUGUCCAUCCCCAUGUUUCUGCGCCUCUAUCUGCUGGCUCGGGUCAUGCUCCUGCACAGCCGCAUCUUCACGGACGCAUCCAGUCGCAGCAUCGGAGCCCUGAACCGUGUCACCUUCAACACACGCUUUGUCACCAAGACACUCAUGACCAUCUGCCCUGGCACUGUGCUGUUGGUCUUCAGCAUCUCCUCCUGGAUCGUCGCUGCAUGGACAGUGCGCGUGUGUGAGAGGUACCAUGAUAAACAGGAAGUGACCAGCAACUUCCUGGGGGCCAUGUGGCUCAUCUCCAUUACCUUCCUGUCCAUCGGCUACGGGGACAUGGUGCCGCACACCUACUGUGGGAAGGGCGUGUGUCUGCUCACCGGCAUCAUGGGAGCAGGCUGCACUGCACUCGUGGUGGCCGUCGUGGCCCGGAAGUUGGAACUCACCAAGGCUGAGAAACACGUGCACAACUUCAUGAUGGACACACAGCUCACCAAGCGGGUUAAAAACGCCGCUGCAAACGUUCUCAGGGAGACAUGGCUCAUCUACAAACACACCAGGCUAGUGAAGAAGCCAGACCAAAGCCGGGUUCGGAAACACCAGCGUAAGUUCCUUCAGGCCAUCCAUCAGCUCCGGACUGUGAAGAUUGAACAAGGGAAGGUGAAUGAUCAGGCCAACACGCUGGCUGACCUGGCCAAGGCACAGAGCAUCGCAUAUGAGGUGGUGUCGGAGCUGCAGGCCCAGCAGGAGGAGUUGGAGGCCCGUCUGGCUGCCCUGGAGAGCCGCCUGGAUGUCCUAGGCGCCUCCCUGCAGGCCCUACCAAGUCUCAUAGCCCAAGCCAUAUGCCCUCUACCACCACCCUGGCCCGGGCCCAGUCACCUGACCACAGCCGCCCAGAGCCCACAAAGCCACUGGCUGCCCACCACGGCAUCAGACUGUGGGUGAGGGCCUGCUGGUCACUAGACUGCUUAAUCUUGGCCAUUGUGUGGCCACAGCUAGCUCCUCACUGUUCUGGACCUCCGGACGACUGAGUUUGCAAGCUUGGGUGGAACUGAACUGACUGGACUGGCAUUCAUUCCUCUGAGGCUGGACCAUGAGAUCCAUGGCCCCUUAGCUGUCCCAAGCCCCAGGAGGGCAAGGAGUAGUAGAAGGGGGGCCUCGACAUUUCUAAGUAAAUCAGAAGCCUCCAGCCCACUUCCUGUUUACAUGGCAGGGGGGCCAUGACCAUCUCCCCAGAGGAGGUGGAUGACCCAGCCUGUGGGUUCCUGAAUGGGCAAGGACAGGGGUGGAAAGUCACUGCCCAUGCAUUGAGUACUUGCUGUAUACAGGGACUGAUACAAUGACUUUUCUUCAGGAUCUAAUUGGAGUAAGGUACAAACAAAUGAAAGUUGAGAGAGGUGAGGCCACUUGCCUGCAGUCACACAGCAAUGGUCUGAGGCAGACACACUUGUCAAACAGCACAGGUGGAUAGAUUCUACUUGGGGAUCCUCAUGUCAAAGUAAGGGCACACGGGAGGGUAUGGGGGCAGAUGUGAGAGGGUGAGAGGCCAGGGUUACAGACAAGCAAAAUCACCACGGUCCCUUCAGACCUCAGGUUCCAUCCAGACUUUGGGUACUUGGGGAACACCGAGACACCUCACAGGGGUAGGUGGCUUGUCACAAUCAACCAUGGAGCCUAAGUCAUGGCAGCCCCUGAUAUGGACGUUAGCCACCUGUCUCAGGAGAUAGUAGACCUGAACUGAAUCCCAGGGGCCCAGCUUGGACUCUACAAGUUUGUGGGCAGGAGCUGUGGGGUGGAGCGGGGGGUGGGGCUGGUUUUAUUUCCCUGCUGCUAUGGGGCAAGUCUCUAAGGGGAAACAGGCCAAACCUAACCCCCACAGGGGUCAGACAGUAGGUGCUCAAUAAAUGCUCCCUCUUCCUGAGACUGCCCAUGAAGGCUUGGGAAACAUAGCCUCAUCCAGUCCCCUCUGAGUCCAGUGUUAGCUCCUGUCCAUGAGGAGGGGACUGGGAUCAAAACAGGACCGGAAGAAGUAAGGCAGGUCAAUGUGACACAUGCCUUUAUUCCUAACACUUGGGAGGCCAAGGCAGGAGGCUUGCAAUGUAUGCACAGUAAGACCUGGGGGUGGCACAGAAAUAAACAAGGCUGGAGGUGA